GCCUUUUUAGGGUCUUGGUUUGGGGAAGAUCCGCCUCUGGAGUUUUACAGUCUCACUGGUAUUUAUACCAAACGCAUUGUUGGGAAAGAGUGCUCGAGGAAAGGAGCUUCUAGUGCACUCGGUCUCGGUGUCCCAGCACCACUCUUGCUCCAGCCAUGUGUGAAGAGGAGACCACCGCUCUGGUCUGUGACAACGGCUCGGGGCUCUGCAAGGCCGGCUUUGCUGGGGACGAUGCGCCCCGCGCAGUCUUCCCCUCCAUCGUGGGCCGCCCCCGUCACCAGGGCGUGAUGGUGGGCAUGGGCCAGAAGGACAGCUAUGUGGGGGACGAGGCCCAGAGCAAGAGAGGAAUCCUGACCCUCAAGUACCCCAUCGAGCAUGGCAUCAUCACCAACUGGGACGACAUGGAGAAGAUCUGGCACCAUUCUUUCUACAAUGAACUCCGAGUGGCUCCUGAGGAACAUCCCACGCUCCUCACAGAGGCUCCCCUGAACCCCAAGGCAAACCGGGAAAAGAUGACCCAGAUUAUGUUUGAAACCUUCAACGUCCCUGCCAUGUACGUCGCCAUCCAGGCUGUGCUGUCCCUUUAUGCAUCGGGCCGCACUACCGGUAUAGUCCUGGACUCCGGCGAUGGCGUCACUCACAACGUGCCCAUCUACGAGGGCUACGCCCUGCCCCACGCCAUCAUGCGCCUUGACCUGGCUGGCCGCGACCUCACGGACUACCUCAUGAAGAUUCUCACGGAACGGGGCUACUCCUUCGUCACAACCGCCGAACGAGAGAUUGUGCGUGACAUCAAGGAGAAGCUGUGCUACGUCGCUCUGGACUUUGAGAACGAAAUGGCAACUGCGGCCUCCUCGUCUUCCCUGGAGAAGAGCUACGAGCUGCCGGACGGACAGGUCAUCACCAUCGGCAACGAGCGAUUCCGUUGCCCGGAAACCCUCUUCCAGCCAUCCUUCAUUGGCAUGGAAUCCGCGGGCAUCCAUGAGACGACCUACAACUCCAUCAUGAAGUGCGAUAUCGACAUCCGCAAGGAUCUCUAUGCCAAUAACGUCCUUUCGGGGGGCACCACCAUGUACCCCGGCAUCGCGGACAGGAUGCAGAAGGAGAUCACGGCCUUGGCACCCAGCACAAUGAAGAUCAAGAUUAUUGCUCCUCCUGAGCGCAAAUAUUCCGUUUGGAUCGGAGGCUCCAUCCUGGCUUCCCUCUCCACCUUCCAGCAGAUGUGGAUCAGCAAACCAGAGUAUGACGAAGCCGGCCCUUCAAUUGUGCACAGGAAGUGCUUCUAAAGAGCAGAGCUAGAUUCUUCCGGAACACGGACCCCCUUCCUCUUCUUCUUUUGCAAUUCUUUCUAACCUUUAAUAAGCAUUAAAACUUUUUUCAAGCCA